AUUCCUGUUGUAAAAUGCUGUCUUUUAUAAUCAGCAUAGAGAUCCUUCCUGAAUAUUGUUGAUAGAUAGGCCAACUACAUGUUGGUAGAUGGGCUAACAAUUGGAUAAAGCUUGUCUAAGGCCCAUUAUAUUAUCCACUGUGACCUGAAACAUAACCAAACGCCACCGUGUUGCUCCUUUCACAUCUCGUUCCAUAUAAAUCGUUUAUUAUUUGGUAAAACCCUAAUCGGCGGCUGGUGGUAAAGAUGAACGACGGCGGAGCUAAGUCGGAGCUGCUGCUACAAGUCACAGAAAUCAACGGAAGAGGAAGGAGUCUAGUAGCGGCACAGCCUCUACGUGGCGGACAAGUUAUCCUCAGAGAGUCCCCUCUCCUCCUCUACUCUGCUUUCCCAUUUCUCUCAUCACCACCUCCCCCUUACUGCGACCAUUGUUUCCGACUGUUAUCUCAAUCAUCUCAGAGAUGUCAAUCUUGCUCUCUCGUCUCCUUCUGUAGCCCUAACUGCACCUCCUCUCACACUCCUUGGCUCUGCGAAUCCCUCCGUCGUCUUCACCAAUCGUCCUCCGCCGCGUUCGCCGAUCAAUCUCCUGAACGCCAAGUCCAAGCUCGGUUCCUCCUCUCCGCUUACAACCUCGCCGCCGCUUCUCCUUCCGAUUUCCAGAUCCUGCUCUCUCUCCAAGGCAAUGGAGACUCCACUUCCGAUUCUGGUUUCCUUCACUCUCUCUUAUCCGCCGUGUGUCCUCCUCUUCCGGUCCCGAUCUCGCCGGAGCUCACGGCGGCGCUACUGGCGAAGGAUAAGGUUAACGGUUUCGGUUUGAUGGAGCCGUUCUCUGUUACGAACGAGAAGAGAUCGGUGCGAGCGUAUGGGAUAUAUCCGAAGACGUCGUUUAUGAAUCAUGAUUGUCUUCCUAAUGCUUGUAGAUUCGAUUACGUUGACUCUGGUGGUUCUGAUGGUAAUACUGAUAUCAUCAUUAGGAUGAUCCAUGAUGUUCCUCAAGGUAGAGAGGUCUGUUUGAGUUACUUCCCUGUGAAUAUGAACUACUCGGGUAGACAGGAGAGGUUGCUUGAGGAUUAUGGUUUUAGAUGUGAGUGUGAUCGGUGUAAGGUGGAAGCUAGUUGGUCGGAAGAUGAGAACGAAGAUAUGGAAGAGAUGGAUGGUGAAGAUGAUGAGGAAGAAGAAGAGAUGGAAGAAGGAGAAGGUUGUGGGGAUGGUGUGGAUGAUGAUGAUUCUAGUUUCCCACAUGCUUACUUCUUUGCGAGAUAUAUGUGUGAGAAGGAGAAUUGUUUUGGUACUCUUGCUCCGUUACCGCCAAAGGGUCUUGAUGCUUCGAGGCUUCUUGAAUGUAAUGUUUGUGGAAGUGUUAAGGAGGAUGAAGUUGGCGGAAACGCUUGAGACAGAAGGAAGGUUAGCAAAAUCUUGAACGGGAAGUCUCGAAAUCUCUCUUCUCAAUGUCGUUUGUUGUUUUGCUACUCUGUUUUGGAAAAGGGAACAUUCUAGUAGCUUUAGAGUUCUUCCAUGUUUAGGUCUUUCUUUGUUCUUCAGAAUCAUUUGAAACAGUUUUAUUGUGAUAUUUGAGCAUCAGGUGUUUGUGAUAGUGAUGCGUCAUGUUUGCAUUAUCUUGCUACUCUCAACAAUCAACUGCUAUGUGGAAUGACUUCUCAC